AUGGUGUCCGCCAGCAGCGAAGGUUGGAUUGUUGCUGUUAGUUUGGCUUUUGAUCCGUCAAAAUCAUUUCAUUUCAAAGUUAUUUGUGUUUGGAGGUUAGUUGACAAUGAAAAUGAUCAUCAAGAUCUUGCUUUUCUUGUUCCUCAAACCUAUCAGAUAGGGAUAUAUUCGUCUGAGACAGCGAGUUGGGGUCCAUCAGGUGAUCCUUUUAGUGCUUCAAUCACCACUGAUUUUGAUAAUGGUGUGUUUUGGAAUGUUGCCAUUCACUGGCUAUGUCAGGAGAGGAGUUGUCUCUACUUUGACGUUGAUAAGGAAUGCUUGAGAACAAUGUGUGGAAGGCCAUGCCUCAGAUCAGAGAGCAUGGACAGGUUCCGAUACUUUGGUGAAUGCUGUGGCCGCUUGCUUCUUGUUGAGGUUGACAUGCUUAAUGAUUCUGUCUUCCAUGUUCUUGAAGUGGAGAGGGAUCAGUACUCGAGAGGGUGGGUUACCAAGUACUGUAUCAGUCUUGAUAGAAUAGGAGUGGCAUUUGGGCGUUCCAUUUUUAGUGUUGUUGGUGCAGAUCAAGAGGAUGGUCUGGCACUGGUGAUAUGGGGACAGCAGGGUCCUUUUCUAUAA